AUGUCUGUAAUCACCGUCCUGGGCGCCACUGGAUCUCAGGGCGGCUCUGUAGUGGCCGCCCUACAUGGGAACCCAAGCUGGAAAGUCCGCGCCGUUACAAGGAAUCCAGAGAGUGAUGCUUCCAAGAAGCUCAUUGCAAUGGGUGUUGAGGUGGUCACAGGAGAUGCCGAUGAUGAAACCUCUCUCAUCAAAGCAUUUGAGGGAACAAGGGCCAUUUUUGCUCUUACAAAUUUUGAUUGGAAUGUCGUGAUGCAAAGGGGUCAGUGUGUCGCUGGCCAAAUUGAGAAACAGCAGCAGAUUAACAUUGCCAAUGCCGCAUCGAAGAUACCAACUCUCAAGCAUUAUAUCAUGAGCUCACUUCCUCCCGCCAAGAUUUCGUCUCACGGUAGACUGCCGGUUCCACACUUUGACUUCAAGCAUGAGUCCUAUCAGCACAUCCAAGGGAAACUCCCGAGCUUGGCCGCCAAGAUGACUCGAAUUUGGGUCGGAUGGUAUCCGUCCAACAUGGCCUUUAGCCCGCUGAUGAAGCUGAUUCCUGUGAACCAAUCAGGGGCGUACAUAUGGAUCCAGCCCAGCAAAGAGGAUGCCGUUCUUCCUAUUGCCGGCGACGUUCAACACAACGUGGGUGUCGUGGUGGAGGCCAUCUUGGAGGCUGGUGCAAAAGCCUUCAACAAAGUUGCCAUCGUCAUCACCGACUACAUCAAGAUUUCGGAUGCAGUUCGAGUCUGGGAGAGUGUUUCCGGGUCAAGAGCCGUCUACGUCGGUGUCCCUGACAGCACAAUAGAGACGAUUUGGGGGGUCGGUGGCUUGGAAAUUGCAGCACAGUUGAGAUGGAGUGAAGAGUUCCCUGAUUGGCACCGAAUAGAGCCCGGACAUGUCAUUUCUCUAGAGGAGCUGGGAGUGGCUAGCAGGCUUCGCGGUUUCAAGCAGGCUUUAGAGAGCGUGAAGGCCUCUCUUACCUAG